AUGGCCCGCAAGCCCUGGUCCGCUACCCUGGUGUUCGACGACCCUGAGCUGGAGAGGGCCUUUGAAGGGCAGCAUGCCUCCAGACACCGCUCCCUGGACGCCACUGGCGCUCUUGCGGUUGCAAUCCUCGUUUUAGCCAUCUACCUGGUGGCGACAUUAAAUCUGACGAAUCUGGAGUGGUUUGCAUCGGCCGAGGAGCACAAGCUGCUCUUGGCGUAUGCCUUUGCCGAGGCCAUCCCCGGCGUCCUCGUGGCCACGCUGCCCGCCCACGUCUACACCGCCCACCGCAAGCGCCUGCACCAGGCCAUGCAGCUGGUCACCGCCGCGCUGUACCCCGCCUUUGGCUACCACCGCGCCCAGAACAUCGCGGGCGACCACACGCGCCGUGGCGUGCGCGCGGUGGUGGUCCUCUCCCGCCUCUUCAUCAUGUCGCGCGCCUGCGUCGCCUGCUUCCAGCUGCUGGGCCGGCCCAUGCUGCUGCGUCACCGCCUGCCCCUGCUCCCGUUCUGGCUCGCAUCCGCGCUGUCCAGCAACGCCGACUACUGCCGCGCGGGGGACUUGACCCCGGCCAGCCGCCGGGCGCUGCUGGACGUGUACGCGGUGGGGGCACGCGUGGCGGGCCUGGGCUUGGGGCGCUGGCCGGCGGAGGGCCAGGCCGACGCCGUCUACGCCUGCUCCGUGGUCAUCAACUGGGUCUUCCUGUCCUUUGGCGUCCUGGUGCCCAGCAUCUACCUCUACGUCAUCGAGACGCGGCAGCGGUCCAGCUUCCUGGCCCGCAGGGGGCUGCAGACCGCGCAGUCCGGCCUGUCCCACUCCCUGGACCGCAACAUGCUCCUCCUCCCCGCCCUGCUCGGCCUGGCCUGGCUGGCAUGCAUGGCCCUGGCCGCCCUGCCCCGCAACCCCUUCUCCUCCCUGGGUCAAAGGUGGAACGCCGUCCUGCUGCAGCAGCCGGCCGUCCAGUUGCACUGGUGA